AUGGAGAGCACGGGAGGGCCGUAUCUGAACACGGCUGCUGUGACGUCCCCCGUGGGAAUAGCUCGUUUGCUGCAGAUGACAUUUGGAUGCACCACAUUCAGCCUGGUAGCCCAUCAGGGGGGAUUCAGCGCAGCAUAUGGCACUUUCUGCAUGUUUGUCUGGACCUUCUGUUUCGCCAUCACUGUCUUCAUCAUCACCUGCGAAUUCACGCACCUGCACAGCUGCCUGACCAUUUCCUGGGGAAACUUCACUGCUGCUUUUGCCAUGCUUGCCACACUCAUGUCCAUCACGGCUGCCGUGAUCUACCCGCUCUACUUUGUCCAACUUGGCUGUUACCCCAUCGGCUGUGAGGUGAGAGACUUUCGCAUCGCAGCCAGCAUCUUCGCAGGCCUCCUGUUCUUUGCAUACGCCACCGAGGUGUGUUUAACCAGGGCAAAACCAGGACAAGUCUCCAGCUACAUGGCCACUGUCUCCGGGCUCCUGAAAAUCGUACAGGCUUUCGUAGCCUGCAUCAUAUUUGGGGCGCUGGUGAACGACAGCCAGUACAGCAAAUACGUGGCAACACAGUGGUGCGUGGCUGUCUACAGCUUUUGCUUUGUGGUGACAGUAGUGGUGGUGGCCUUCAGUGUCACAGGUAAGACCGCCUUGAUGUGGUUCCCCUUCGAGCGCUCGGUGGUUGUCUACACCUUCGGGGCCGUGCUGCUGUACGUGAGCGCAGCGGUCAUCUGGCCGGUGUUCUGCUUCGACAGCAAGUACGGCUCUCCACGGCGCCCUGGUCUCUGUGCCAAGGGCAAGUGCCCCUGGGACAGCCAGCUGGUGAUCGCCAUCUUCACCUACGUCAACCUGCUGCUGUACGUUGUGGAUUUGGCAUACUCCCAGCGCAUCCGCUUCGUCUCCCACCUCUGAAACAGGGGUCUGCUGCUGCAAAACCCUCCCAGUGCCAUAAGCAACAGCAACUGGGGAUGCAGCAAGAGGUGGGAUGCGGGGAAGGGAGGCACUGAACAGGCAUGCACGCAAGAACCAUCAACUACACUUCAAGACUGCACCAGCAAAUUCACAACAUGCAGCAGGCGGGCUGCAGCCAACGCUGGAAAAAGCCCACCUCCCCCAUCACUCACAUCUGCCUCAGCCACCUGGUGCCAGCGCGAAGGAAUGCCGCUGCUCCAAGUAUGCAAGAUGGCCUUUCAUCUCCAGGCAGCAGAAACCCUUGUUGCAACAGCGGGUCCGCAGGCUACCAGAUUAGUGAGCCAAAUAUUAGGAAAGACACCAAGGAUUUUGAAACUCUUACCGACACUUAACCAUAAUCAAGUGACUACCCAGGAAGUGGGAACACUAAAAGCUGCAUCAAGGAACUCCAGUUCUGGUAGAUGAAAAACAAUCCCUCAGAGUUUGGGGUUGUGUGGUGAGACACAAAAUGUUUGCAAGUGUGGGAAAUUCCAGUUGGGAUGUUUCUGAGAAGAACACUGUAGCUAUAAUAGUAUUUUGAAGAGUACCAGUCCCUUUCUCUCCUCUCCUCUCCUCUCCUCUCCUCUCCUCUCCUCUCCUCUCCUCUCCUCUCCUCUCCUCUCCUCUCCUCUCCUCUCCUCUCCUCUCCUCUCCACUCCUCUCCUUUGCUGUUUAGCACAGAGAAAGAAUAUCCUCAAGCAGACACCUUGGGGGAAGCAUGUGAUAUUCCUGUUUAGCAAAUACUGAGUCCUUAUAGAAAUGAAAAUAUGCAAAAUUGGGACUCUCGUGUCCAGAAAUAGGGUGCAGAACAGAGCUGAACUGCAAAAUAGCCAUGCGUAAUUUGACAUCCUUGCUCAGCCAGGACCAGAAGGUACCUUAGCACGUGCUCUGUCUCAGUUCGUUUGCCACCAUAUCUUUAUACUGAUGUCAAAAAUUAUUUUGCUGGAAGCUUAAAGAUAAAUUCUGGGAGGAGGGGGAAGGGAUGCAGUGGUGAUUUGAUCUCACAGUGCUGCAGAAAAGGGCCAAACCUGGCGGGGAGGGACUCAGACGGGACAGGACAUGACAAAACCUGUGUACAAUGGUAACAAAUAAGGGAGCGCUGCUGCAGACCAGACUGGGCACUCAGAUUCCCGAGCUCUCCAUGUCGCCAGCGAGCUGCAUUUCUCUGACCCAUCCCUGACAAAACACUCACUUUGAAGUCCCACAUUGCAUAGCUCAGAUUUCAGGCUUAAUAGGAAGAAAUGUUAUGCAUUUCUGAUCCAGCAAGAAACCAAAGCAGUCUGAGUGCUUGUGCAGAAAGCACGCAGAUGAGACAAGUUUGCUUAAAAUCUGAAGUAGCUGCGUGUCAGAGGUAAGAUAUAUUUUUUAAUCAAAUUAAAAUAAAGAUGAAUGGCAGACUUACAUACCACAUCUCUGGAGAUUUGUUUACUUUCAUCUUGCUCUCCCCACAGCCUUCAUUUCACCAGACACAGCCUUUCUGCUUUCUGCCGGAAAGCACAGCUCAAUUUAUUUUGAUGAAUGAAGGCUGAAUGCAGCCCCAAAAAAAGUAUAUAGACAAGACGGUCAAGACCUUUGAGUGACAUUCUUUAUAGCAGAGUCACAUAGGGAAAAGGAAGGAAACUUACUUUUCAUUAGUGCUUUGUAUGGGGUUUGAAAAGCAAAGGAAAAAAUGGUUGCAACAGACUGCGUUGGAUAAUUCUCCUACAGACUAAGAACCAGCCUUCAGCCGAGGGAAUUCUUAACCCAUGAAACAGGUCAAGAAUCAGUAUCCAUCAUACAGGAUACAUACACUAAAGAGCCUUCCAAAGGGCUUUUCUCUUCCCCAUUAAGGGCAGGAAGUCUGGAGGAUAAUGGUCCAACAAGAGGCUGCCUGGCUUGCUCUAGGGCAAGACCCAAGACUAUCUAGUACAGACAUAAACCAGGAUAUUAGAGAGCUCCAUUUCUUGCCACCUAAAUAAACAAAAGGGUUGUACAAAUAAGAAACGCUAAUUUUGGAAAAAAAAUCCAUUUGUAUUGGAGGACACAGGGUACAAAGACAGCCACAGCACACAAAAGGAACCUUGAGUAUUCCUUCUAAACCCACUAACCUGGACAAAUGAAGCUGUGCCACACUUGUAAAUUACUUAAGUUUUGGUAUAACAAAGCACUAAAAAUCAAAUUAGUGACUGUGCACCAUCAUGGCUUCUGUCAUAAACUCAAACCUGCAAAGUCAGGAAUACUGCUUUAGAAAAGCAUCUUCCUUCAGGCUCCGACGUGGCUCCAAGGGGCUGGUGGAGACCAGAGAGAAGGACAGCAGCAGCAGGUGCCCUGUGGGCAGGGGCUGCUUGUCCCUGGACAUGCCACCACCACAAGUCUUUCGGGCAGUAAAGCCUGUUGGAAAGCUCCUCAGCUGGUUAACGCUUCUUCCAACUAUGCACUUGCUUGCAUUUUGUGAAGGUUUUGCACCAAGUAUGAGCAAUUAGCAGGAAUGCAAUAACAUCUGCUAACAACACAAGUUGAUGCAACAUAUACAGUCCCAGGGACAUAAAGAAAGGCCCAAAAAGUAACUGGGAAACAACAGGGGUAAAAUUCACAAUAAGGAGGAACUAGAAUUUAGCAUCGAAAUCCUGAUACCACUGGAGGAGCGGAAAGACAAGUCUUUGCCAAGAACAGUGU